AUGUCACGUGACCUGCUGCUUUAUAAGGGCUCCCAAAUCAAAAACAUUCCCAACCUCGAGACUGGAGCCGCAGAUUAACGACCGGCUCCACCACCAAGCUGACUGGCAAUAACCUUGAGACGUAUCAGCUGGUUCCCGGCUGUUUUGGUAUUGAAGAUUCUGGGGUCCGGAGAGGCGCAGACAUAUUUUUCAGGGGUUGCAUAAGACUUUGCAGGCCCGAGAGCCAUGGCCAUCAACACGGAUGUUGAGGACUGGGGCGGCGUGGGCAGCAACGACUCUGGAGAACGAGCGUGGCUCCUGCAGAGCCCCAGCGUGGAUUCUGUCCGGCAACUUGAGGCAGAAAGGAGCGCGGGUGUCUCGUCUUGGGCGGCGGUCUUCAUCGUGGUUAACGCAGCACUGGGAGCGGGUCUGCUCAACUUCCCUGCAGCCUUCAAUCAGGCCGGAGGAGUGACGGCAGGAGUGAUGCUUCAAAUGUUCAUGCUGAUCUUCAUAAUCUGUGGACUGGUGAUCCUGGGCUACUGCUCCCAAGUCAGUAACGAAAGCACCUAUCAGGAGGUCGUCAGGGCCACUUGUGGGAAAGUAACAGGAAUCGCAUGUGAAAUCGCCAUUGCCGUCUACACCUUUGGGACUUGUAUCGCUUUCUUCAUUGUCAUCGGAGACCAGCUGGAUCGCUUGGCGGCAGCGAUGGCUCAUGACACAGAUGGUACAGUCAGUGACCACUGGUACACUGACCGCAAGUUUACCAUCUCUGUUACUGCGGUCCUGGUUAUUCUUCCUCUCUCCAUCCCCAAAGAGAUUGGCUUUCAGAAGUAUGCCAGUGCACUCAGUGUGAUUGGAACCUGGUAUGUGACCAUCGUGGUCAUUAUAAAGUACAUCUUCCCAGAUGAGAAUAUGACCCCGAGUCCCGUUCCUGCCACUUCUGCUUCCUGGACUGCCGUUUUCAAUGCAAUGCCAACCAUUUGCUUCGGCUUCCAGUGCCACGUCAGCUGUGUGCCGGUGUUCAACAGCAUGAGCAGAAAAGAGAUCAAACCUUGGGGAGUUGUAGUCACUUUUAGCAUGAUAAUCUGCCUCUUUGUGUACACAGGAACAGGCGUCUGUGGCUUCCUGACGUUUGGCUCCAAUGUCAAUCAGGAUGUGUUGAUGUCGUACCCUUCUGACGAUAUCGCUGUGGCCAUCGCCAGAGCUUUUAUUGUCAUCUGUGUCGUCACCUCUUACCCCAUUUUACACUUCUGUGGCAGGGCAGUCAUAGAAGGACUCUGGCUGCGCUUCCAAGGCGAGCAGGUUGAGGUGUGUGUGCGUCGUGAGCAGAGGAGGCGGAUCCUGCAGACGCUGGUGUGGUUUGUCGUCACGCUCGUCCUCGCCCUCUUCAUCCCAGAUAUUGGUCGGGUGAUCUCGCUGAUUGGAGGACUGGCAGCCUGCUUUAUCUUCGUCUUCCCAGGUUUGUGUUUGAUGCAAGCCAAGCUGUCAGAGACAGACAGCCGAACUGCAAGCUGGCAUGGAUUGGUGGUCUUUGGUGUUGUCAUGGUUACGAUUGGGGCCUUCAUCUUUGGCCUCACCACAACUAACUCCAUCUAUAAAGACAUCAACAGCUAAAAAGAACAGUUCUCUCCGAGCCAGCAGUAAUAAGGACAGAGACGCGGGAAUAGUCUUGUGCUGAAAUUCUGAACUACUACAAAAGAUGGAGAAGCAUCUCAUGACACUCAUUUAAAAGAAUCCUCUGCAGCAUGUUGCAUUCCUGCUCCAUACUGAGUAAAAGCUCCACAGCUCUUUAUUCAAUCAGGUAGCUGUAAGAGACUGAAUGCCAAAUGACUUCAGACACUUAGUAUUUAUGUUUAUUUUAAUCACAUGUUCGUUUUUUAUGAAACUCAUAUUUUUUCUAUGAAACAGUCAUUUAAGGGCCUAGAGGAGGUUCCUUUGUCUCUGGAACCUGUAGAGGCGACAUAUUCCUUUCCUGUUUACAAGAGCUGGAGGACUGCACACACAGCUCUCACAAUCAAAUGGUUUUAUUAAUGAAAUUGUAGCAGUUUGUAUAUUUCGACUUACAUGACAAAGUAAAUGUUUCUUAUUGCAAAUGACAGAUUUUAUGUUGCCGCUGCUGAUGAUUGGUCUGCAUAUUAAGAUAUUUGCUCAAUGUAAAAACUGACACGUUUGCAAACAAGUAGGACUGUGUUAAAGGCAGGGUUAGUAUGUCCAAGUCUAGUUUGUUUUUUUAACAGUUUUCUAUGACCAUGAAUUCAGGAAGGCUUCUGAGAUAUUUUUUGUUUUGUUGGUUGCUUUGAUCAUUUUAUACUUGGCUUUUAGGUGAAGUCGUAUUUGUUUUUUAAAAGUACAAAGCAACAGACAUUUAAGCCUGCUGGUCUUUAAUGAGGUUAUUUACUGCAAUGUACAAAAAGGUAACUGACUGAAAACCAGAGGCAUGCACCACAAAUACGUCUGAGUGUCAAAGGCAGCAGCGCCUUCAUAUUCAGGGUAUGAAGACCUGCAGAGUGCGUUGAAUUAUACUGGCAAUGAAUGUAUGCAAACAUGUAACCUAUACAGAGUUCAGUUUGUGCAUAGCUAACAGAAAGAGUUGGACUUGGUGUUCAGGCUACAGUCACUAGGUUUAUUUACUUGAAUCAUUUCACAGCACUGCAAACUUUGCUUUAAGCUCAAAUUAGAAGUUAUAAAUAUUUAUUUGCUGUGUUU